AUGAGUAUGGCGAGCGCGCGGCAGUCGUGGGAAGCAAAGGAACAGCGGGAAGCGCAGGAGAUUGCCGAGUUUGAGGCCAUUGAGCGCCGUCUCGUCGAGGAAACAGCCGCGUCUCAGCGAGACCAACAGCAGCUGCAGCUGCAGCAACAGCUGACUCUGCCACCGCACGCGCAAAAGCAGGUAGUGAAUGGGUACGAGUCGGAAGGGACCGACUGGGCCGAAUCCCGUGUGUCGCUCGUAGCGGACGUGGGGGAAGUCGGCCACUCGAGGUGGCAGACGACCAGGCCGGAGUCGUGGUUGUCAUUGUCGUUUGAUGACAGUCGUGACGACCGCGCUGAUCCGGCAGCGGUAUUUUCCGGCGAUUCCCUGUUGUCGGUGCGUGGCAUGAGGUCUCAACGCAAGAAAUCGGUCGAUGCAUGUGAAAAGCAUUCUGAAUCCCGCAAGUUUCAUCGUGACGUAUCUUCGAAGUGGAGUGCUUCGAGUCUCGACGAUGCUGGGCCAUGGCAUGACGGAGAGGCACUUUGUGAGCUAGACAACGAUGUUGGGCUGAAUCAAGCAGAGACGCUGCAGCUGCAGCAUCAAAAAGAAUGCUACGACCUAGAAGUAACGAAGCUGGCUGCCGAGAGGGGCGAAGUUGCACAAUGUAAGCAGCAUCAGCGAACGUUGAUCGAAGAAGAGUGGGAGCAAGAGCGCACAAAAAUGAACGAGGAGAAGCUACAUCAGCGACAAUGCAAGCUGCGUGAGAAUACUGCAGCAGCUCAACCGAACGAAAAGGAGUGUGCGGAGGUAGGAAUGCUCGAGGCGCGGAUUGUGAAUAUGCAAGUUGAUGAAAAAGUGCGUGCAGACAAAUGGAAGGCGACAACCAGCAAGUUGCAGCGACGUGUUUCCGAACUGGAAGAGAGAAAUCGUGAGCUAAGUGACGAAGUCGAGUUUUUGAAGGAGUGUCACUCCGAGCAGGAGGGAGACUAUGACCGGCGUCUGAAAGACACACGAGAGGCUUCUAGAUUGACAACAAAGUCCGACGUGCCUUCUACAUUCCCUUCUGUGCUCAGUAUGAAGAACGGUUUACACGAAAAAAAUGGCUUCACUUGCGCUAGCGAAGGAAAUGCACAGCAAUGGACUUCUUCUGACGACAACACAUGCGAAGAUGACAUGAACAACGACUGCACGGCGUUCUCGGGCUGCCAUCAUCAUAACAGGGUGAACGGCGGCGAACGGGAGCGCAGUAAGUUAGCAGUCGAGGACUCUCAUCACUCGUGCGUGUCCAUGGUCCUUACGGGUGGAAUGGAUUGUCCAAGUGGAACGAACUUUACCAGCGACGCGAAUCACGCGCGUGCAAGUCAUUCUGCAACGUCUGAAUGGGUUUUCACUAUCGUUAGAAACGACGACGAUCAGCACGAAAUUGGCUGCACCGACCGCCAAUGCAGUGCUCGCGAGAAGAAAGGUGUGACCUUAGCGGUAACAUCUCCAUUGGAGCUCAAGGUUAUGGUGAAAGAGGUAGGGCAGAGGGGUGGGAAAAGGGAGUUGUCGUAUGCGGAUGGAAGUAGAACAAUCAUGUUUCCGAACGGCAGUAAAAAGGACAUUGACGCUAGUGGCCACUUCGUGAUUGAAUUUGCGAAUGGUGACCGUCAAGAGUUCUUUCCGGACACUGGAGUCAGCGUAUACUCCUACUACGAGGCUCAGACGACGCUGACGACGUACCCAGACAGCCGCAGAGUGUACGAAUUUGCGAAUCAGCAGAUUGAGACCACUUUGCCGGACGGCACGGUUGAGAUCCAGUUUACCGACGGCACAACAAAGACCAUUUCCGCAAACGGUGACGAGUUUUCUGUGUUUCCAGAUGGCACGACUAUGUUGAAACAGCAUGACGGGCUGCUCGAAGUGACGCUGCAGAACGCCAAAACCAUUUGCUUCUUUCCAGAUGGUCGAAUACCGGCUGACGAUACUCGUUCCAGCUGA